AUGACAAAAGAUAACCAAAAAGCACAAAAGAGUCAGAAGAACACAAAACAUCGACUUUUUAAACCUAAAAAGAAAAAAAGCACCGAAGAAGAUGCAGCCAUUCAAUAUUUACAAGUCCAAUAUGAAAAGAUAGUUCCUGAUGAAAUUAAAACUUUCAAGGACCUGCCUUUGUCCCAAAAAACACUAAAAGGUCUUAAGGAGAAUAAUUAUGUUACUCCAACGGAUAUACAAAGACAGGCUAUAGGCUAUGCUUUACAAGGAAAAGACAUCCUGGGAGCUGCUAAGACUGGUUCAGGGAAAACAUUGGCCUUCUUAAUACCAAUUUUAGAAACACUAUUCUGUAAAAAAUGGACAAGACUAGAUGGAGUUGGUGCUCUAGUUAUAUCCCCUACACGGGAAUUAGCUUAUCAAAUAUAUGAAACUUUACGAAAAGUAGGUCAUUUACAUGAUUUUUCUGCUGGAUUAAUUAUUGGUGGCCAGAAUCUUAAAUUUGAAAGAAAAAGAAUGGAUCAGAUAAACAUAUUAAUAUGCACUCCAGGGCGCCUUUUGCAACAUAUGGAUGAAAAUCCCUUAUUUGAUUGUAGUCAUCUUCAAAUUCUUGUAUUAGAUGAGGCUGACCGGUGUCUGGAUUUGGGAUUUGAGACAACUAUGAAUGCUAUAAUUGAAAACUUACCUCCAAAGAGGCAAACAUUGUUAUUUUCAGCAACACAGACCAAAUCUGUCAAAGAUUUGGCUAGAUUAAGUUUAUCUUUUCCGACAUAUGUAGCACCCCAUGAACAAGCUGAAACUGUCACCCCGGAAUGUCUGCAACAGAGCUACAUAAUUUGUGAAAUUGAUGAGAAAAUAGGUAUACUAUGGUCUUUUAUUAGGAGUCAUUUGAAGCAAAAAGUUAUAGUGUUUAUGGCUACUUGUAAACAAGUUAAAUAUACUUAUGAGUUAUUCUGCAAGCUAAGACCUGGUGUAAGUCUGCUGGCUUUAUAUGGAACACUUCAUCAAGAAAAAAGGGAAAAAAUUUAUCAAGAAUUCUGUAGAAAAUCAAAUGUUAUUUUAUUUGCUACAGAUUUAGCUUCCAGAGGUCUUGAUUUUCCAAAGGUAAACUGGGUAAUACAGUAUGAUUGUCCAGAUAGUGUAGAUACUUAUAUUCAUAGGGCUGGUCGAACUGCUCGAGGAGUGCUUGGAAAAGGGGAAGGGCUUUUGAUGUUAUUGCCUAGUGAGGAAAUCAUUGUAGAAGAUCUUAAGAAAAGUAAAAUACCAAUAAACAAGAUAUCUGUAGAUCCAUCAAAAAUAAUGUCACCACAAAGAAAAAUAGAAGGUCUUCUCUCAGAUAAUACAGAUCUUAAACAAACUGCACAAAGAGCAUUUGUGAGCUACAUAAAAUCAAUAUUUUUAAUGAAAAAUAAAGAUAUUUUUAAUGUUCAAUUAUUGGAUACUGAUGCAUAUGCACGAUCUUUGGGUUUAAUAGUACCACCUAGAAUUAAAUUUAUGCACAAAUAUAAUAAAAAUUCUACAGAAAAUCGUGUUAAGAAUAUAGCAGCUGAUCCCAUUGAAAAAUUGAAAGCAAAGGCAGCAUAUGAUGAAGGUUCAGAUCAAGACGAAUCUGAAAGUGAUCAUGAGCCUGUAAUCCAACAAGAAUGUAAACAGGUAAAAAUUAAAAAAGAAAUCCCUAAAUUUGAUUUCCACAAUGAUGAUGAUAGUGAUGAAGAUGGUUUCUUUAAAGUAAAAAAGAAAAAUGUCAAUGUUGAUAUUACACCUGCAACUGAAGAACAUUUGCCUUCUAAGAAAAAUGCUAAACCAUUAACUAAAGCUGCUGUAGCUAAGAAAAUACUUAAGAAGAAGAUUAAAGUGAAUACCACAGUCAAGUUUACAGAAGAUGGGGAAGUAAUAGAUGAUGAAAAAAAAGAUGUGAAAUCAGACUUAGCCAAGCAGUUUGUUAACGAAGAUGUUGGUGGCAUUGACAUUGAAAAAGCAAAGGAAGUUCUGAGGGAGGAAGAUAAAUUUGAUAAAAUUAGAUUUAGAGAAAAAGUUAAAGCUAAACACAAAGAACAAAAGCGUAAAAUUAAAAAUAAGAAAAAGGAAGAAGAAGAAAAGGAUGAUUUCGGUUCACAAUCAGAAUCUGAUGGUCCUGACCUAUCAUGGCUUCCAGACCCUGACAAGGUGUAUGAUGGAAAACAUUCAGGUGAUGAAGGAGCACCAUCUGGGAUUGAUAAUUCUGAUACUUACCACUCUGAUUACAGUGAAGAGUCAGAUAAUGAUGAAAAAUAUCACAGACCAACUAAAAGGAAGCUGAUAGAGAGUAAAGGCAUCCCUCAGGAGAGUAUCACGCCUCGCAAAGUGAAGAGGAUAGAAGACGUGGCGGCGACGCUGUCCGUGCACGAGGCGGAAGCUCUCGCUAUGCAGCUUUUGCAAACUAAACGA